GGCUUUUCUAGCCUGCAUUCACACUGUCCAGUUGUUGCUCGCUAGACAACGAGAAUCUUGCUUGGAUCAUCGGUACCUAACACCCCACAGUCAAAAUGAGUGAAAAAAACCACGUUGAUAAUCACGACUUUGUCGUCGGCGAUAAGAAGCCAGGAGUUGACGAUUACGGAAAGGAGUAUAAGUACUCCCCCGGUGACAAAGUAUGGCUGUGCGUCUCCGGCCAGCGCGAGGGACCUUAUAAGGUUGAAUUGGCUGAGGAUGGAAAGUAUACUCUGUGCGAUGAGUAUGGGAUCUCUGCGAAGGGCGGGAAUGCUUUUGAUGAAGGCGACUUGGAGCUACACGAUCCAUUUAACUAAGCGAAGGAAAUCUGUAUCUACUUGUUUUCUACGUAUCCCACAGAGUUUCUAGGGUUUAACAUUGGACGGUUCAAUUACACAGAGUUUUCACUGUGCGUACGUAUGAGGAAUGUCCGAGUCGUCCAUUCAAAUGGGCCAUUGGCCCCGUCCCUGGACGAAUCGCCUCUCAACACCUGAAGUAUUGUUGACAGUGGAUCUGGCUCACCACCCCGCUGAGAAUCGUGACUAAGUGGAAGAAGCACCCGUCCUGGGAAUGUAGACGGCUGCCUGGUGACAAGAAUCUUAAUCGUAUCCUCUGUCCAUCGAUUCCCCUCGUCCUGCAGCUCUUUUGGGACC